ACCAGCAAUGCACCAUUGUUUGUAAUUUAACAGUGAACUAAAAGUAAAAUUACCUUUUUAUUUAUAAAGUUUGUAAAUCAAAUUUAUAACAUGUAACUUUAUAUUUUUAACGUAUUCUAUAUUGCAUGUUUACUGUACAAGAUUGGGUCAACAAUGUGUUGUAAAUCAUUUUAGUAUUUAAAGGUUAGAGAAAUCAGUGUCUAGUAACUUAAACUUUUUCAGUGAAUUUCUGUAACCAAGAUCUUAAGUGAGUAGUAUUUGUUAAAAAUUUGUAAUCUCAAGAAAUUGUUAACUGUUUCUGGAUGCCAUAAACAUGAUUGACGAUCAAACUUUGCUGAUUGGUAAAGGUGGAACAGUAGCCCCUCUACAUGGAAGUUCAAGAGACAUGUAUUUAUCAAGUACAGAUUCUGAUACAAAUUUAGUAAGUUCAGAUGAAAGGACAAGAAAGAAAAGUGUAAUCAAUAUCAACACGGGUGCUUUAUAUACCACUGGCAAACCAGAAGUUAGAGAUGGACUCUUGAAUGUGCGAGCUCUCUUCUUCCUCAUUUUAUGGUACUUUUUCAGUGGAUGUACAUUGUUUUUGAACAAAUACAUCUUAUCUUACACCGAUGCUGACCCAACAAUAUUAGGUACAUUCCAAAUGUUAACUACCACGGUGUGUGGUUUCAUCCAGCUGUAUAUACCUUGCGGCAUGUAUAAGCCGUCACAACGACUCUCCCGACCUCCCGGUUUCUAUAAACACAUGACCUUUGUUGGAUGCACUAGGUUUACAACUGUGAUACUCGGUCUAGUUUCCUUAAACUAUGUAGCUGUAAGUUUCACUGAAACAAUAAAAAGCUCGGCUCCAAUUUUUACUGUCAUCAUUUCAAGAAUAUUGCUGGGUGAGCACACUGGGUUAUACGUCAACUUAUCCUUGAUCCCCGUAAUGGGAGGUCUAGCUCUAUGUUCCAUCAACGAGCUUAGCUUCGACUUCCGAGGCUUUCUGGCUGCCAUGGCCACCAACCUUACGGAAUGCUUGCAGAAUGUGUAUUCAAAAAUGCUAAUUAGUGGAGAAAACUUCAAAUACACGCCAGCGGAGCUGCAGUUCUACACCAGCAUGGCAUCCGUGGUGGUCCAAAUACCCGCCUCUGUGUUGUUGGUAGACCUGUCUGGAGUCAGGAGUACCACAACGCUCACACAACUAGCGCUGUAUGUGCUCAACGGAGUGUUCUUCCACUUCCAGAGCAUUACUGCCUACGUACUCAUGGACUACAUUAGCCCAGUCACGCACAGUGUUGCCAACACGGCCAAGCGAGCUUUCCUGAUCUGGCUGUCGGUGCUCAUGUUUGGUAACGAUGUCACAGUGCUCAGCGGGCUCGGGACUUGCACUGUCAUAGUUGGUGUUCUUCUCUACAACAAGGCACAACAGAUUGAUCUGCAAAUGUACAGUAAACUCGUCAAGAAGGAGCACAGUGGACUCCCGAGCACAAUCAAGACAAGAACAAUUUAAGCCUCACAAGCAGCCAGUUUUGAGGUUAUGAGAUACAUCACUGAAAUCUGUCUCUGUCAUAGAUCUCGUCAUAGAUUGUCAAUUGCUAACUGUCAAACUAUUUCCAUCUUUGUAGAACUUUUUAUAAUACCAUAACUCCUUUAGUUUUUAUAAAUGCCUAUUUUUAUAAUUUUGUAUUCUAAACCAUGUAAUACAAGUGUAACCGUUUUUUUUUUU